GAUUUCGGGACGGUGGCGGGAAGAUGGCGGCCCCCAGGGAGCGGCUUGAAAUCGUGGAGGCAGAGGGCAGCUCCGGUAGCCUGGGGAGUUCGGCAGCGGAGGUGGUCCUUCCCUCCGAUCUCGCUACCCCAGCCCCAAUGUGCCCUCAUGGACCCACUCUUCUUUUUGUAAAGGUGAGCCAAGGGAAAGAAGAAACACGGAGAUUUUAUGCCUGCUCUGCCUGUAGAGAUAGAAAAGAUUGUAAUUUCUUUCAAUGGGAAGAUGAAAAGUUGUCAGAAGCUAGACUCGCUGCCCGGGAAGCCUAUAACCGAAGAUGUCAGCCACCACUAUCUCGAGUACAGUGUGUGGAAAGGUACUUGAGGUUUAUUGAGCUGCCCUUGUCUCAGAGAACAUUUUGUCAAAAAUGCCAGCAGUUGCUGUUACCAGACGAGUGGGAGGAUCACCCUGGGCAUCCGGUGGUGAGCAACGUUUCUGUCACCCAGUUAAAAAGGCCCAGUCAGCUGCUUUAUCCCCUGGAGAACAAGAAGACAAAUGCGCAGUAUUUGUUUGCCGAUAGGACCUGUCGGUUCUUGAUAGACCUGUUCUCUUCGCUUGGAUUCAGAAGAGCACUGUGUGUCGGGACACCCAGGUUGCAUGAGCUGAUCAGGUUGAAAGCAUCAGGUGACGUGAAGUUUAACCUUAAAAGCCUUCUACUGGAUAUUGACUUUCGGUAUUCACAGUUUUAUAUGGAAGAUAGUUUUUGCCAUUAUAACAUGUUUAACCAUCACUUCUUUGAUGGAAAGGCUGCCCUUGAUGUAUGCAGAACCUUUUUACAGGAAGAUAAAGGUGAAGGAGUUAUUAUGGUGACAGACCCUCCAUUUGGUGGCUUGGUUGAACCUCUGGCUGUUACAUUCAAGAAGUUAAUUGCUAUAUGGAAGGAAGGUCAAAGACAAGAUGACAACCCCAAGGAACUACCAAUUUUCUGGAUUUUCCCCUACUUUUUUGAAUCCCGAAUUUGUCAAUUUUUUCCAAGCUUCUGCAUGUUGGAUUACCAGGUAGAUUAUGAGAACCACACACUUUAUAAACAUGGGAAGACAGGCCGGAAACAGUCUCCUGUGCGUAUUUUCACGAACAUUCCACCCAGCAAAAUAAUCCUCCCAGUUGAAGAAGGGUACAGGUUUUGCCCUCUGUGUCAAAGAUACGUUUCUCUAGAGAACCAACACUGUGAGCACUGUAAUUCCUGCACAUCCAAGGAUGGCAGGAAAUGGAGCCAUUGCUUUCUUUGCCACAAGUGUGUGAAACCUUCAUGGAUCCACUGCAGCAUUUGCAAUCAGUGUGCUCUUCCAGAUCAUUCUUGCAAAGGCCCGAAGGAUGGCUGCUUUAUUUGUGGUGAAUUAGACCAUAAACGUAGCUCGUGUCCUAACAUCUCUACAACUAAGAGAGUUAACAAAGCUGCCAGAAAGCAGAAGCAAAGAAAAAGUAAUAAGAUGAAAAUGGAGACUACUAAAGGACAAUCCAUGAAUCAUACAUCUGCUACAAGGAAAAAGAAAAGGCGAGAAAGAGCCCAUCAAUAUCUUUGCUCUUAAAUGUCCAGUGACUUGAGAAUAAGAAAGAUUUAUCGUACAACCUUUGAUGCCAUUUUCUGAAAGUGCCACACUGGACUUAAAUUCUGUGGCUUUCAAAGGAAUGCACCUCUCUAAGCUAGGAAAUAGGCGGGUGGUAUUUUCUGGCAUAAAGAUGAUGCUGUGGCAGCCUCUCUGGAGGCCUGGAGACUCCCUCCUUCCCUCGGCUGGUUUGCCGGUGCUCUCUGGGUGCCUUUCCCCUUUCUUUAAUUCUCUUCCAGGCAUCGACUUUAGGCUCUUUUAUCUGAAAAAUGGGCAUACUGAUUCUUCAGCAGAAAGUGUCAUAGGAAAGUGAAAGUGAAAACCUGAGGUUUUGUUUCUGUGAAAUGUGGAGUGUAAGAGUGUGUUACAUUUGAUAAUUGUUACAAGUUAAAUAUUAAAAUAUUGUUCAGUAGCUCAGACUUUACCUGUAAAGAGAAAUGCUUAAUACAGCUAUUUUUUAGCCAGAAUCUGAAGAUGAUGGAAUUUUGACAAA